UUGUCCCGCCGAUCCGUUUGUUCGCUCGGUUUCCUGCACACAAACAAAACUUUCCUGCCAUCCCGGGCUGCUUUGUGCUGUGACCACCUGGAAUAUUGGAUUCCCUCAACUAUUUCCCGAGGAAAAGAACAAAACGCAAAGUAUAUUUCAGCAGGAUGUACAGCUUCAUGGGAGGCGGGUUGUUCUGUGCCGGAGUCGGGAACAUACUCCUCAUCGUUUCUACAGCAACAGACUACUGGAUGCAGUACCGCCACUCCAGUAACUACAUGCACCAGGGCCUGUGGCGGUACUGUGUGCCUGGGAAGUGCAUGACGCACACUGACAGCAUUGCGUACUGGGACGCCACUCGGGCCUUCAUGAUCCUCUCCCUGCUGGCUUGUUUCAUCGGCAUCGUGAUCGGCAUCAUGGCCUUCAUCCACUACUCUUCCUUCGACGGGUUUGACAAGACGUUUGCAGCCGGGAUCCUCUUCUUCAUCUCCUGCUUCUUCGUGCUGCUGGCCAUGGCCGUCUACACGGGGGUGACGGUCAACUACUACGGGAAACGCUAUGGCAGCUGGCGAUUCUCCUGGUCCUACAUUAUGGGCUGGGUGGCGGUGGUGCUCACCUUUUUCUCAGGUAUCUUCUACAUGUGUGCCUACCGGAUGCACGAAUGCCCAAGGAACUCCAACUCGCGCUGAAGCGCUUCAGAAUCUGUAAGCGAUACCACAUGGCUGAAACGAACCAGAGUCGAUGUGAAUCUUCCCAACAACUUCCCGUAACUCGUCACGUUCAACGAUAAGCAAAAAAUAAAGGAGAAGAAAGUGUUC